AUGCGCCGCGUCCUCCGGCUGCUCCUCGGCUGCUUCCUCACCGAGCUGUGCGCCCGCGUGUGCCGGGCGCAGGAGCGAGCGGGGCACGGGCAGCUGGCGCAGCUGGGCGGCGUGGUAGUGCUGGCGGGGGGCAACCGGUCCGGGGCCGCCUCCGGAGAGGCCGGCGAGGGCGCGGGGGCCUCGGACGCGCCCCCGACCCGGGCGCCCACGCCGGACUUCUGCCGGGGCUACUUCGAUGUCAUGGGCCAGUGGGACCCGCCGUUCAACUGCAGCUCGGGCGACUUCAUCUUCUGCUGCGGGACUUGUGGCUUCCGGUUCUGCUGCACAUUUAAGAAGCGGCGACUGAACCAGAGCACCUGCACCAACUACGACACUCCGCUGUGGCUCAACACCGGCAAGCCCCCCGCACGCAAGGACGACCCCCUGCACGACCCCACGAAGGACAAGACCAACCUGAUCGUUUACAUCAUCUGCGGGGUGGUGGCCGUCAUGGUGCUUGUAGGCAUCUUCACCAAGCUGGGGCUGGAGAAAGCGCACCGGCCGCAAAGGGAGCACAUGUCCAGGGCCCUUGCAGAUGUCAUGAGGCCACAGGGCCACUGCAACACCGACCCCAUGGAGAGGGACCUCAACAUUGUGGUUCAUGUCCAGCAUUAUGAAAACAUGGAUACCAGAACUCCCAUAAAUAAUCUUCAUGCUACACAGAUGAACAACGCGGUGCCCACCUCCCCUUUGCUCCAGCAGAUGGGCCAUCCGCAUUCGUACCCCAGCCUGGGCCAGAUCUCUAACCCCUACGAGCAGCAGCCGCCAGGCAAAGAGCUCAACAAAUAUGCCUCCCUGAAGGCGGUUGGUAAUUCUGAUGGUGACUGGGCAGUGGCGACACUUAAGUCACCAAAAGCCGACAAGGUCAAUGAUGACUUCUACUCCAAGCGACGGCACCUGGCCGAGCUGGCCGCCAAGGGGAACCUACCUCUGCACCCAGUAAGAGUGGAAGAUGAGCCGCGGGCCUUCAGCCCUGAGCAUGGGCCUGCCAAGCAAAAUGGACAGAAGUCACGCACCAACAAGACGCCCCCACAUCCCCUGGCCUACAACUCCACCACCAACUUCAAGGGCUGGGACCCCAACGAGCAGUCUCUCCGGCGGCAGGCUUACGGUAACAAGGGCAAACUUGGCGUAGCCGAGUCGGGCUCCAGCGACCCCUUGGGGACUCGCACCCAGCACUACCCACCCCCACAGCCAUACUUCAUCACCAACAGCAAAACAGAAGUGACUGUCUGAGCUUUCACUACAGGAAGCAUCCUGGAGACCAUACUCAACUGAGAGGCAAAAAAUAUCCCUGGCCCACACCCUUCCUGCCCUCCCCGAAAUGCUCCCUCACGCCCUGACUCCCCAUACCAACCGACCAUAAACCUGCUGGCGACGCGGAAUCAUGCUUUUCUUGGGUCAUGCCUAACAUGUGUCGGCGGGCAGCUGAGCAAGGCCGAAGCAGGGAUGUUCAGCAAUACAGCAGAGGGGAAACUGAGGCACGGCUCUUUCGACUUCGGGCCCAAGGUGGCCGACUCACACGCCCAAACCGUGGGGCUGAUUUUUUCUUUUCCUCCUGACUUAAGACUGAAAUCCAUGAUGACGAAUUAAAAGUAGCACAACUUAGAGAAAUUGUCCAUUCGAGCACAUAUUCCAUUUACCACGCGCUGUCUGUUUCCAGGUGAAAGAGCCGGGGGUGUGGGGAGAGGAGAGCGUGGAGGGUACGACAAGAGUGUACUUGAGAAUAUGAGCUGUUUGGGGAGGAAUCUGUGUGCAUUAUAAGUGUUUUCUAAUCCCGAGAAGUAGUGACGUGGAAACACGCUUUUGACGAGCGUGAGACAGUCCAACCCUUCUAUUUAUAGUACUUUUCAUAUUGUCAAUGUUGGAAGCAAAAAACAACACACACUUGAACUCACAAGGAAUAACUAAGACCCUGAACCCACCAAUAGUGAUGAGAAAGAACGUUGUAGAGAAGUCCCGUAAAGACCAUGACCAUGGACAUGGGAAGGAUAGGUUUUUAUGGCUGGGAGAGGGUCCAGAGAGUGUUAAAUAACUUUUUUCUUAAAAAAACAAAAACAAAAACAAAAAACAAAACAA